AGACAAGGGAUCUGUCCUGCUAUGGCUGCCACUACCACCACCAGCUCUGAGGAUAACACUUCUGUUUCCUCCUCUACAGUGGGACCUGACCUAUCCGAAACUAGUCCCGGAUCUGGACCAGAGACAGACCCUGAGCCCGCGGAGUCCCAGAGUGGUGACCCAAAGGAGAGAGAUGAGGAAGAGGAGGGGGACGCAGACGGGACCCCAGCUACAGGACUGGACAAGGACCCUGAGUGUGUGGAAGAGAGGUUCAGGAUUGACAGGAAGAAGCUGGAGCACAUGUUAUAUUCUCCAAAGACGGACGUCACGGAGACAGGAGAGGAGUUUUUCGAGCGAGUGAUGCGGGAGACUGGGACACAGGUGAAAUGGCCAUCCAAGCUGAAGAUUGGUGCCAAGUCAAAGAAAGAUCCACAUGUAAAAGUGGAGGGCAAAAGAGACAAUGUUUUACAAGCAAAGAAGAUGAUUUUGGAAGUCCUUGAAACCAGGGUGAACAAGGUGACUCUAAAGAUGGACGUGGCGUACACAGAGCACUCCCAUGUGAUUGGCAAGGGCGGGGGAAACAUCAAAAAGGUCAUGGAGGUCACGUCUUGUCAUAUCCACUUUCCGGAUUCAAAUCGGCACAAUGCAUCUGGAGAGAAAAGCAACCAGGUGUCUAUCGCUGGACCCAUAGAUGGUGUGGAAGAAGCCAGAAAACAGAUUAGAGAUCUGCAGCCGCUGGCCUUGACCUUUGACCUGCCUGUAAGCUUGGUGCCGCAGCCCUUGCCUGAUAUCAGUUCCCCGCUCGUCCAGCAGGUGGUGCAAUCUUUCGGCAUCAGUGUCAGCUUUAGGGCAGUGCCUCAAACGCAGCCUGGUUUCUAUGGAAGCUGCUGCACGGUCUGGGGGCUGCAGGGAAACGCAACAAAUGUCAAGAAAGCCACCUGUAUCCUGAUGGAACUGCUCAUGGGGUCAGAGGUCGCAGCUGGGGUCGUGAGCACUCAGCUGGAUGUGACCUCACAGCAGCACCUCUUCCUGUUGGGACAGAACGGAGCUCACUUCCUCAGCGUCAUGCACCAAACCCAAACGCAGAUCAUUUUACCGGACCUGAGCGCGCCACAGAGCCCCCCCACUCUGCUCAUCCAGGGUAAUCCUGACGGGGUAUGCCUGGCCCGACAACAGCUCAUGGACUGCCUGCCUGUCUGUUUGAUGUUCGACAUGAGAGAGGAUGGAGAGGCAGAUCCCUCUAAACUGGCUCAGAUGAUGCAAAACCUGGGAGUCUUCAUUAGUGUCAAGCCAAAAGUCAAACAAACCAGCAAGUCAGUGGUAGUAAAAGGUUUGGAGAGGAACAUUUCUUGUCUUUAUGAGGCGCGUCGUCUCCUCCUCGGUCUGGAUUCCAGUGAAAGUGCCAAAGAAACCCAAGUGACCCCUGACCCCUUAACGGCCGGCAGCGGAUUGACCCACUACUGGCUUAACAUGUUACUGCAGCAGCUUAGGAUCUCUGAGCAGGGCACUCCGCUUGCUCCAUCUUCAGAGACUGCUAAGCCCCGCCCCUUGCCACCUCCAGGCCUCAACCCUCCCUCUGAUGAAAGUAGGACUGCGCUGAAGGGAACAGACUGCCGUCCACUAGAAAAGAUUCCAGAAAAUGAGGAUGCGUCUGACCAAUCAGAAGAUGAGGAUCCUAAGGACACGUCUCCUGACAUUUAUGAUACAGUGAGCAGCAGCGGUUUAAACAGAGUGGGCUUUCUGUCUCGAAGGGGCAGCCUCCCGACUCCAGAUAUCAACAGGAUUUAUGGCAGAGGAAGACGCCAUUCAACAGGACAGGCCCUCUCAUACAGAUUACUAAACAGCUCAGAGGAGGGAGGGCGGCGGAGCAGCCUGAGGGGCGACCAUGCUGACUCAUUCAGAUCUGAGGAUUUUGACUAUGAGAAGAAAAAGCUGCUUGCUACCAGAGCCAUGCAGAGGAAGCCUGUGGUGACUGAAGUGCGGACACCGACGGACACAUGGAGCGGUCUGGGUUUCUCUAAGUCGAUGCCAGCGGAGGCCAUCAAAGAGCUACGCAACGUUAGCCGGCGCAGCUACAAACCUUACCUGAGCACCAACCAGCAGCCUUGGGCCGCUCAGAUGAACAAAGUGUGCAAUGGCAGCGAGUCUGAGAACUGGAGAGAGAGGAGGGGCUCAUCUUCCUCCUCUUCAUCCCCCUCUUCUCCUCCCUCCACCCUCACAUCCGCCUCUGCCUUCCCUGCAUUCUCAUCCUCCGGGAGCAGAGGCAGGAGCGACAAAACCUUGGACAGCUUCUCCUGCAGCAGUAGUUACUUCGAUGGGGUGUGCUCUUCACGCCGGGCAUCGACCUGUAGCCAGAGAAGCCCCUCCCCUCAGAUGUCAGACGACCUGCCAGAGCUGCUCAGCCAACUGGGCCUGCUAAAAUACAUCGACGUGUUUGAAGAACAGGAGAUUGACUACCAGACUUUUCUCACUCUUUCUGACGAUGACCUGAAGGAAGUGGGUGUCUCUACCUUUGGAGCCAGGCGCAAAAUGCUGCUAGCUAUUUCAGACCUCAACAAGAGCAAGAGAAGGCUGCUGGAUGCGUCCAGUGUGAAAUCUGGGUAUCUGGAGGGCGGAGCAAGCGGGCGCCUCCCACGAAUAAUGGACCUAGACGCCGCAGCUCAGAGCAACCACUGGUGA